CCUUCCUCAGCUGUUCCACGCCGAAGCAGCGCCGGUGUCUCCCCACCGCCGCCGGCCGACGCGCCGCUCCCCGGGGCUCCAGGAGAAGGAUGGAGAGCAGCAGCUACGACGGCAUCCUCCUCGGCAUGGGGAACCCCCUCCUCGACAUCUCCGCCGCCGUCGACGAGGCCUUCCUCUCCAAGUAUGAUAUCAAGCCAGGCAAUGCAAUUCUGGCAGAGGAGAAGCAUUUGCCUAUGUACGAUGAUUUGGCUAGCAAAGCCAAUGUUGAAUACAUUGCUGGAGGAUCCACUCAAAACUCUAUCAGGGUUGCCCAGUGGAUGCUUCAAAUUCCCGGGGCAACAAGUUACAUGGGUUGCAUUGGGAAGGACAAGUUCGGUGAGGAGAUGAAGAAAGAUGCACAAGCCGCUGGUGUUAAUGCCCACUACUAUGAGGACGAUAAUGCUCCCACCGGCACUUGUGCUGUCUGCAUUGUUGGUGGUGAAAGGUCACUCGUUGCAAACUUGUCUGCAGCAAACUGCUACAAGUCUGAACAUCUGAAGAGGCCAGAGAACUGGGGUCUUGUUGAGAAGGCAAAAUAUAUUUACAUUGCUGGUUUUUUCCUCAUGGUAUCCCCGGAUUCUAUUCAACUUGUUGCUGAGCAUGCUGCUGCAACUAACAAGGUGUUUAUGAUGAACCUUUCCGCUCCCUUUAUCUGUGAAUUUUUCCGUGAUGCACAAGAGAAAGCUCUUCCCUAUGUUGACUAUAUCUUUGGAAAUGAAACUGAAGCAAGGACCUUUGCUAAAGUUUGUGGUUGGGAGACUGAGAAUACUGAGGAGAUUGCUUUAAAGAUCUCGCAAUUGCCUAAGGCUUCAGGGACACACAAGAGGAUUACUGUCAUUACUCAAGGCUGUGAUCCAGUAGUUGUGGCUGAUGAUGGAAAGGUAAAAACAUUCCCUGUCAUCCUUCUGCCCAAGGAGAAGCUUGUUGAUACCAAUGGUGCAGGAGAUGCAUUUGUUGGAGGUUUUCUCUCUCAAUUGGUUCAGGAGAAGAGCAUCGAUGAGUGUGUCAGAGCGGCUUGUUAUGCUGCAAACGUUAUCAUCCAACGCUCAGGCUGCACUUACCCUGAGAAGCCUGAUUUUAACUAGUCAUUUCAGCACAUUGAGACAGAAAUAGCUAUAGGUGGAGAGCUUUUCGACAUUUCCUCGGCACAUUUAUAGUGUACCCUAGGGCAUGUUUGGAUAGAUGAGCAUGAUGCCUUAUCGCUUCGGGGUGGCAGGAAAGUGAACUAGUAUUCCUACCGAUAUGAAAAAGGAUCGUGCACAAUCUCUGCUGCAGUUCCAUCACGGCAUCUGUCUGCAUUUACGGAUCAGGCUGAUGUGUCUGAAUGAAUAAUAAGUUACCUCCUUCAUAUUGUGGCAUCAUAGUUGCCAAGACUUCAGAAGGAUCAUAUUGUGGAGAAAUUUGCUAUUCUGCCGCUCUCAAACGUGAUCAUCGUCAGAAUUUGGAGGCGAUGAGCCAAUAAACCCUGUUUGCGUUUGGUGCAGAGAAUUGCAGCCACAAGCAACUUUAACUUCGAACAGCCAAAAGACUGCACCUUCUGCAUUUAAUCAAAUCUUUACAUGCAUGGUGACAAAUUGUCGUGAGUACCAUGUGUAUAAUACAUGGUCUCUCCAUCCUUGAAGAAUCUAAUACACUGCCAAUAUUCUAACACGGCCUAACACUCCCUGUACACGUGAGAAUUCACGCGAAUCUUUCGUUUCCUCGAGCAACAAGUCCAAAUCCUAUUCCUAGGGCA